CUGAGUUAAGGGAGUCGCAAAUCUAGAAUACCGACUCUCUCUCUCUCUUCUCGCUCCGUUGAUUUCACUCUCUCUCCGCCGAUUGCCAUGGCCUCCGCCGUCGGAUCCGCCGCCCUUUCCCUCCUUGCUCUGUACCUCGCCCUCCUUCUCCUCGUCUCGCCGGCCUCCGCCUCCGACUAUGAUCACAAGUAUCAGCAGAAUGAACCGGUUACCCUUUGGGUAAAUAAGGUUGGACCUUACAAUAAUCCACAAGAAACGUACAAUUAUUAUAGUCUUCCAUUUUGUCGUCCUCCUGGCAAAGCUGUUCACAAAUGGAUUGGCCUUGGUGAGCUCCUGGGCGGAAAUGAGCUUAUUGAAAGCCAGAUUGAUAUAAAGUUUCAAAAAAAUGUGGACAAGGGUGUGAUAUGUCAACUUGAACUUGAUGAAGCAAAGGUCAAACAGUUCAAGGAUGCUAUUGAGAAUAAUUAUUGGUUGGAAUUCUUCGUGGAUGAUCUGCCUUUGUGGGGUUAUGUUGGUGAGCUGCAUCCUGAUAAAAACAGUGAUAACAAGCACGUGCUUUUCACACAUAAGAAUAUCAGCAUUACAUACAACAAAAAUCAGAUUAUUUAUGUUAAUCUUUCUCAAGAGAACCCAAAACCGAUGGAAGCAGGAAGAACAUUAGACAUGACAUAUUCUGUUAAAUGGAUUCCUACUACUGUCACUUUUGCUCGUCGUUUUGAUGUUUAUCUGGAUUACCCUUUCUUUGAACACCAGAUUCAUUGGUUCUCCAUUUUUAAUUCUUUCAUGAUGGUUAUCUUCCUCACUGGUUUGGUGUCAAUGAUCUUAAUGCGAACCCUUAGAAAUGACUAUGCUAAAUAUGCUCGGGAAGAUGAUGAUCUGGAGACUCUGGAAAGAGAUGUGAGUGAAGAGUCUGGCUGGAAGCUUGUUCAUGGGGAUGUUUUCCGGCCUCCUCCCAAUUUAGUUCUACUUUCAGCUGUUGUUGGCACAGGUGCUCAGCUAGCGUUGCUUGUUCUCCUUGUCAUCUUAUUGGCAAUUGUUGCAAUGUUGUAUAUCGGGAGAGGAGCAAUUGUCACAACUUUUAUAGUAUGUUAUGCUCUGACAUCAUUCAUUUCGGGUUAUGUGAGUGGCGGGAUGUACUCACGCAAUGGUGUUCGCAUCUGCGUACCUUCAUUUUCCCCUGAAUUCUUUCACUUCCUUUCCAAGGCAACAUACAUGGCUGAUGCUUUAGUUAGAGAAGCUUUUCUCUCGGCUUCCCUCCAAGUUCUUUUCGAUAGGUUGGCUUCUUCAGAGGUCCUCAACUUCGUAGGUGUUUAA